AUGGCUCAAAAGCGCCUCAUGCAGGAGCUGAUCCUGCUUCAGAAGGAGAAGUGGCUCACGAUUGAGAUGGAUGAGCAAGUACUGUUCAAGUGGCGCAUCGGUCUCUGGGUUGUCAACCCUGACAGCGUCUUCUACGGUGCAUACCUCAAAAGCGAAAUGCGAUUUCCUCACGACUACCCGUACGGGCCACCCACCUUCCGAUUCCUUACCAAGGGCAUCACACACCCCAAUGUGUACCCGGAUGGCAACCUCUGCAUCUCUAUCCUGCACAAGCCAGGCGAUGACGAGCAGUCGGGCGAAAUGGCCAACGAGCGAUGGAAUGUUCUACAUGGUGUCGAGUCUGUCCUGCGCUCCGUUCUGCUCCUCAUGGACGACCCUGAAAUCAACUCGCCCGCCAACGUCGAUGCUAGCGUCCUCUAUCGUGACGAGCGGCCAAGGUACGACGCCCUUGCCAAAGACGUCGUCACUAGAUCGCUGAAGGAGGUCCCCGAGGGCGUCAAGAUGCCGACUACAGCCGAGCUUGCCCCGGUGCCACAAAAGGUCGUCGAGGAAGACGAUGACUUCUGGAACCCCUCAGAGGAGGAGGACGAUUUUGGUGGUAGUGAUAGCGACAUGGACGACUUUGAGGAAGAGGAAGACGACGAGGACGACGACAAGGAAUAA